CGGGAUUCCUACCUUCUCUUCCUCUCUCUCUCCUCUCUCUUGUCUCCGAUUCAUCGUUCUCACUCGCCAUUCGUCGAGAUUUGAUCGUAUGGAAGAGGGCGCGUUCCAUGACGAGUCCACACGUUUGCGGCUCGAUUAGAAUCGGAGCGUCGGCUAGUUCAGGAGCUCCGAGCUGCUCUCUCCCGUGAGUUGAUCGUCAAUACAAAGUCGUCUGUUUUUUUUUAUACCACUUCCUCCAUUCGUAAUUGUUCUCUCUCCGGCUCUGGAUUUUUGCUGCGAUUUUGCAAAAUUUGGUCCAGUUCGGGUUUUCUGCGAUAAUUUUGUUGAUUCGAGGUUACCCUCUUGGUAACAAGCAAGCUCUAGGGUUUUCCUCAAUCGGAGAUUCAAUUCCGUUGCGGGUUUCUCAUAAGAGAUGUGCGAAUUAGGGUUUUCUGAUUGGGGGUUUCCUGAUUAUGCUGCGGAAAGGAGUGUUGGAGAUCCGGAUUUUACCCAAUAAUGGAAUGACUAUGGUUGUUCGUCUGGGAAAUACUAGGGUUAAUUUAUCCUGUUUCUAAUUUUUCUGGAGAAGUAAAUUUAGGUUACCGAAGUCGUGAUGGGUGAGGAGAUAUCGGACACGAUGAACCUGGAUUUGAAUCUGGGUCCUGGUCCUGAGUCUGGACUACAGACGGCGCCGAACGAUGUUGUGAGUUUGGCUGAUUGGAUCAGCGAGUCUUCUGAGAGGGCCUCCGAAGCUGUGACAAGGAUUAGGACACGGCAUCGGUCGCUAUUCAGACAGCUCAAUCUUCCUAUUCUUGCCGAGACUCAGAGCCUGGCGAUAGAACUGAACCAACUGAUGGGCAGUUCUGCAAAUGGAGCCGCCUUGCUGACUGGUGAGGGCAGUAUUGCCGCUGAGGCAAGAGGCAACGGGGACUCGAAAACAUGCGAGAUUGGGAACGGAGUGAUGGAGAACAGUGGGUCGGAGAAGAAAGGCGAUAUCGAGAAGAGCAAUGGCAGUGAUGGGAGUUUUUUCGACUGUAACAUAUGUUUGGACUUGGCAAAGGAACCGGUUGUCACUUGUUGUGGACACCUUUUCUGCUGGCCGUGCCUUUACCAGUGGCUGCAAAUCUCAGAUGCAAAGGAAUGCCCUGUUUGCAAAGGGGAGGUGACUCAGAAAACCGUGACACCGAUUUAUGGUCGAGGAAACCAUAGAAGAGAAUCUGAAGAAAACCCAGAUACUAAAAUCCCGAUGAGACCUCAUGCCCGUCGCUUUGAGAGUUUGAGGCAAACUCUUCAAAGGUCACCUUUUACGAUACCGAUGGAAGAGAUGAUUAGACGUAUACAAAGUAGGUUUGACAGGGAUUCUUCCUCGAUACCGGAUUUUAGUAACCGUGAAGCAUCAGAAAGAGUGCAUGAGCGUGCAAGUUCAAUUCUUAACCGGUUUAUGACUUCAAGAGGAGUUAGAGAAGAACAGAACCCGGCUAGUGUUGCCUCGGCUGCUGCUGUAGCUGCAGCAUCAGAUGAAAUUGAUCUCACCCCGAACAUAGCCCCUGACCUUGAAGGAGAGACCCCGAGGUUCCAUCCUCUGUUGAUCAGGAGACAGUUGCAAUCACACAGAGUUGCGAGAAUCUCUCCGUUCUCGUCUGCAUUCGGUUCAGUGGUCGAUUCAUAUGUCAGAAAUCAUCCCUCGGGGAGAAACCAAGAGCAGAACCCUCCUGUGGUUGAUGACAGAGAUUCUUUCUCAAGCAUAGCAGCUGUCAUAAACUCGGAGAGUCAGCUUGAUGCAGUGGAGAUUGAUUCUAUGGCCCUUUCGACUUCAUCUUCGAGAAGAAGGAACGAGAACACAUCGAGGGUUUCUGAUGUAGACAGUGUAGAUUCUCGCCCACCGAGGAGGAGGAGGUUGGCCUAGAAGACAUUCAUGACAGCAACCUUCACUCGUUAAGACAUGCGAGAUGGCUGAUGGUUGUUGAGACGUGGAGGCUUGGGGGUUGAUUUCUCGAUUGAUCAAAUUCAAGACAGAAUCCGAUUAUGAAAGAUUGUAACUUUUCUUUU